AUGGCAGACCUGCCUGCUGAUCGCUUGAGUACAGAUCCUCCGUUCACCUUUGUUGGAUUGGAUGUGUUCGGACCAUGGUGUGUCACCUCAAGGAGGACACGUGGAGGGCUAGCCAACAGUAAGCGUUGGGCAAUCAUCUUCACAUGUAUGAGCGUGCGUGCCAUACACAUCGAGGUCAUCGAAUCAAUGGAUUCAUCCAGUUUCAUUAACGCUCUAAGACGCUUCUUUGCAGUUAGAGGGCCUGUCAAACAGCUAAGGUCAGACUGGGGUACUAAUUUUGUUGGAGCCUGUCGAGAGCUUGGGAUCAGUUCCAAAGGCUGCAACAACAAGGAAGUGUCCAACUACCUGUCUGAUCAGGGCUGUGUAUGGCUGUUUAACCCUCCCCACUCUUCACACAUGGGGGGAAGCUGGGAGAGGAUGAUCGGUGUCACACGUCGGAUCCUUGACGCAAUGUUCCUCAAGCUUGGGUCUGUUCAGCUCACACAUGAGGUCCUGACAACAUUUAUGGCAGAGGUAACUGCAAUUGUCAAUUCCAGACCACUUACUUCAGUGUCCACAGAUCCAGACGAACCUCUCAUCCUCACUCCUGCUAUGCUGCUAACUCAGAAGAUUGCUGUACUCCCUGUUCCUCCUGGUAACUUUGAUGAUAGUAAUAUCUUCAGACGUCAGUGGCAUCAGGUUCAAAGCAUGGCCAACACAUUCUGGGAGAGGUGGAAAAGGGAGUACCUCAGUAGUCUACAAGGUCGAAAGAAAUGGAGAACGGAGAGACCUAAUCUCAUGGACGGAGACGUUGUUCUAAUGAAAGACAAUUCACUGAAGAGACAUGACUGGCCCACAGGACUGAUCACAAGGACUUUUCCAAGUGACGAUGGAAAGGUCAGGAAGGUCGAGGUGAAAGUUUUCAGAGACAGUGUUCCAAAACUUUACUUAAGGCCAGUGUCUGAAGUUAUACUCCUGUUGCAGAGAAACUCUGUCAAGUGA